AUGGUCUUGGAGGAAUGGAAAGUGAAUGGGAUGCCUAUGGUAUUGGAUGAUAUUAGAAACAGGGGUCCCCAGUUGGCAGGACGUGUGAUAACCAGUAUCAGUUCUUCUGAGACCAUUAAGACGCCUGCUAUCUUUGCUUUAGUUGAGAAAAAGAAACAUUUCUUGCCAGAUGUGGUGGCUCAUGCAUCUGAUCUCAGUGCCCAGGAACCAGAGGCAGGUAGAUCUCUGGUUCUGUACUUCGAGAUGAGUAGGAAGAGCUGGACGUUUACUAAGGCUUCGCCCUCACCCAGACUUAUUCCUGAGUGGAAGAAUUUGAAAUCCACCAUCUAUGAUAUCUUGAAGGACAGUGAGAUUCAUAAAGAAAUCAGGAAAAGUGUGUCUGUCCUGAGUGACUUGCCACGGAUUCUAUACCAUGAGUCUUAUAAUUUACAGAAAACGCCUUUCAUGAGCUUCUACUCGCUGGACACCAACUAUAUUGUCGCCUUUAACUGGUUGGAAUACUACGAGAGACAGACACACGCGGUACUGUGGACACAGGAAAAAGGUCUAAGAGAGGAAAGGAAGGUCACGAAGACGAAAUUUCCGUUGAUGGAUGAAGUGCCACCCAUCACAUCCAUGGUCCACGUGGCAUCCUAUUGCCUAUUAAUAGCUUAUUGUGAAGAUGUGCACCUGCGGCUCUUUGGAGACCACCACCAGGAGUUCAUAGCUCUGAGCACGGUGCCCUGUCAUUUCUUCAUCAGUUGUCUCUGCUAUGACUCAGAAACUGAGGUGCUCUCUUCUGGUACUUUGGGGGCUGUGGUUACCUGGUUCAUCGUAGCAAAUGGCAAGAGCCUGCAGAUGGCUCACAGAGUGGCCCUGAAUAGUCUCGAGCUUGUACAGGACUUGUACAUGAGCACGAGCAUGGGCUCCUUGAUAGCUCUGUGUGAGAGUGUCGUGAGGAUUUUUACCCACAAGGGUCAAGGCCAGCUUAAAGAAGUGAAGACCUUGACUGUCCUAUCUAGUGGCUUCUCCCUUACCUGCUCCUGUAGUUGUGUGCCACAGAAUGCCUUCUAUGCUGGGAACAAGAAUGGAGAGGUCCAUGUUUGGGAUUUAGAUAAUAGUAAGUUCCUUAACAGUUUCACAGCCCACCCCUCACCAGUGAUAUCCAUCUACAGUCAGCCUGAGACCUACACCUUGUUCACAGCAGGCAGCGAUGGUAUGUUGAAGGAGUGGAACCUCACCUCUGGGAACUUGUUGAGGCAGCUUAUUGUUGGCACAGAUCUGCAGCAGCUGCGAUUUAUUGAUAACAGCACGUUUUUCUGCCAGAGCACAUCUAGUUUCUCCUUGUACUUGCUGCCCCACUUUUACAACCUCUUCAACAUCUGUGGCUCUGCCCCCCAGAAGAUACAACGGAUCUUCUGUGGCCAUAACUGUACUCGUAUCCUGUGUGCCACAGAGGACGGUUUACUGCGCUUCCUGUCUCCAGUAACCGGGGACCUCCUCAUUGUAACCUGGCCCCUGCUUGCCAUGGAUAAGGCCGUGGCUUGGGCCUAUCACUCAGAGAGAGAGGAGCUCUUUGUGGCAAUUGGCAGCUCGGAGCUGCUAGUGUUUGACACCACUCGUUCUCCAUGUCCAGCCAAAUAUCUCCUGUGCACUUCAGAAAACUACAACGACAAAAUAAAAUGCCUGGCUUAUGGGGGGUCUCGUUUGGUUGACAGGAAAAAGGGGCUGAUGUUCUGUGGGCACGAGAGCGGCAUUGUGAGAAUCCUAUCCCAGGAUUGUUCUAUUCGGACAGAGAAGACUAUUCACUCUGGGGCGGUGUUGGCAUUAUGUACACCGGAGGGUUUUGAAGGAAGCUCCUUGGUGUGUUCCUAUGGUAAGGACAACUACAUACACCUCACAAAGGCUGUGCCUUCAGAGAAGAGAAUGGACCUGCAGCCCAUGACUGCAAUCGUCUGUCUUCACCCCUUAAAACAUGUGGUACUCUUGCCAGGUUCUGUGGGUGCUAUCACUGAGCACUCCUGCUGGCUUCUCUGGCACUAUCAAGAUUUUACAAAAGCAGCAUCACAGUCUAGUGCUAUGGUGAGACACUCGACCUCCCUGCAUGAAUGUGCUAUCACUUCAUUUGACAUCUGCCUCUCCCUGAAACUCUUUGUCACAGGAGCCACGGAUGGAUCAGUCCGUGUCUGGAAUUUCCAUGGAAAACUCGUAGCUCAGUUUGAAUCUGAACUGCAUUUUAGUUCACCCUGCUUCGCCAAUAGUCGAGGUGACCUGCUCUUGACUUUCAACCAAAGCAUCUACCUAGUAUCCUGCCUAAAGUUGCUCCCUCUCAGCUACCUUUUGAACCUAAGCAUGUUGACCUUGGACGAAGAUAUGGUAGAGACCCCAAGGCCCUUCCUUCCCAGCUUCUUCUUUCUGUUUGAAUUGAUAUUUGUACCCAAAUUCAUAUACAUGGAACAAAGUGUUCAAGAGCUUCAGGGGCUAGAGAGUCUUAUCAACAAACGGGCCAUCGCUUUUGAUGACAUUGUGCCCCACGUUGUAGAGGAGGGCAGACAUACAUCCAUUACAACGCAAGAGAGACCUGGGUUGUACUUUGUGCAGAAAAAAUACAUUGAUUUCUCCAUGUCUGAUGCCAGGAUGAAGUACCCCGAUGCUGUCCCUGCUCAGUUACAAGUACCUGGCUGGGAUGGGCUGAACUCCUACCGUUUGCUCCAAGGCUUCUUUGGCAAAGGGCAGAAAUGGCCAUUUGCUCCAGAUUGCUACAUCCCCAACUCAGUGAUCCGUGCCCGCCUUUGGCCUGAUGGUACCCCGGUCUUCCUGUGCUAUGACCUGUGCUUAUCGUAUGAACAGAUGGCUGAGGAGGUACCCGAAACAUUGAGAAUCCACCCAGUGCAAUCCCUGAGUCCAGACGAUACGGAAAUGCGAGCUAGAAAACUGAAGGAUAUAUACCAGGAGCAGAAAAGAGAAUCCUAUGGCAUCCUUGAAAGGAUGUCCAAUAAAAGCUGGAUGGGAAAAAAAUUCAGUGAUGGGAUUAUAGAAAAUAUGGUAGAGACCAUUCUCAACCUCACAGUUUUCUGUUCUACAGAAAAAUACAAGAAAUAUUUCAAUGCUCUAGUGGAGAUCUUUUUAACUCACCAAGUCCCUUCAAGGAUGCGUAUUGAGACAGCCUGUCGCCUGCUCAAAGAUAUAACUCACUACAAUGCCAGUAUCCGGGAAAUGGCCUGGGAAAUGCUAGAGAGGCUAGGCUUCAUAAGUCAGGUUUUUACUGUUCCCCUGAUCAUGGGGUUGAUGGACAGCGAGCAGGCUGUGCGGGCCAAGGUCGUACAACUUUUGUCCAAAUACACAGGCAUCCAAAGCAAGGCUAUGCUGUUACACCAGCUAAGACAACAGCAUGUCUACCAAGAGUUGGAAGAAGAAGUGGCGGAUGAUUUAGAUCUAAGUCACAUACUGAGUGUUCGGCAUAGUGACUUGCAGGACCUGCAUGGGUGUGUAAAGGAGAGGCUAAAUGAAGACCUGAGUUUGUCAAACAGAGCCGGCUCCCUUCGCUUUUCUAUUGAUUUGGAGAAGAACCUGGAGAUGUCUGACAAGGAAACAUUUAUACCUGUGUCAGACUCUAAAAUGAUUGAUGGGCUGAAGAAAAGAAAGAAACACGUUCAGAACAAGACCAGAAAGCUUGUUAGAGGAACCCUGAAGAUAUCCAAGAGAAGCAAAAAGACAGAAUUGCAAAAGGAGCCUUUAGAGACUGGAGUUGAACAAAGAAAGGCUAGGAAAGUCAUGCAAGUUGACACCAAGGAUGGUUCCUUAAUGCCAGAGCUGCCUCUCAGCUUUGACAAAACCCAGGAAGAAACCCAGGAAAUAACAGAAGUCAAAGAGGCAUUCAUAGACAAAGAGGCCAAAGUAGACUUGGGAGUCAAAGGGGUUUUGGCGGUCAAAAGGACCUUGAGAGCCAAAAGAGCCUUGCGAGUCAAAGCAGCCUUGCGAGCCAAAGCAGCCUUGGGAGUCAAAAGGGCCUUGGGAGCUGAAAAAGCCCUGGGAGCUGGAGAGGCUUCGAGAGCCAAAGAGGCCUUGGGAGUUGAAGAGGUCUUGGGAGCCAAAGAGGCGUUGGAAGCUGAAGAGGCCUUGGGAGCUGAAGAGGCCUUGGCAGCCCUGGGAGCCACAGACAAGGAUGUAUCCCUUAAGCCAAAAACCCAGACUUCCUUACAAAAGCCUUGGAAAACGGAAAAAGAAAACAUACCACAAAAGGAGGAGUCAAAAGAGAGUAUUUCAGAGUUGACUGAAAAAGCACUUAAAGAACUCCAGAAGAAAUUACCACCCCCUGCUCAGGUAGACAAAGACAAGGGGAGUAAACCGGUAAAGCCAAGUCAUGGAAUGGCAGGGAUUCCUGGGCGUAUGAUCCCUAGCCACGAGAGGAAGUCUUGGCGAGAGGAUAUUUGCCACCUUGUCACUUCAAGAAUAGCGAGUUCUCAUCCAGGGAUGGAAAGGGACCUGGGCAAAGAAUUGGAAGAUUUUGCUGAUAAGGUGCUCACCGACCAACCCAGCUGGGAUCUCUUCACAGACCUAUGUCCCUGGAGAAAGAUCUCAUAUACAUUACCACCAGAACCUGAGAUAGCCGUGCAGGAACGACCUGUCCGUAAAAGAAAGGUGCCUAAAAGAGCUAUCAAGGGGGAAGUAACAACAGAUGCAGAUCAAGAGGGAAUAAGCAUUCGGAAGAAACAUGAUAUUUUUCCAAAAGACAAGACAAAGAGGACAGAUUUCUUAGACAGUCACAUGAUCUUAGAGAAAAAGAAGCCUAAAGAAUUAACUAUGGAAGAAGUGAAGACAGCUACAGAAGAAAAGAGACUUCAGAGACAAGAGGAGAAACCACAUAGAGAAAAAAGGAAAACGCUCACUGAAGAAGGGACAUCAACCCUUGAAAAGAGAAUAAGGGAAUUGGAAAAGACAAUGGAAGCUCACAAGGAGGACAUGGGGGACAGAAAACAGGGGACACUGUCUCCAGUGAGGAAGAAGGAAAAGGAAAAGAGGGAGCUGGGAAUGGACAAGGGAGAAUUGGCUAGGGAAGGAAAGGAACUGAUCCAGGAUACAGAGGGAAAAGUUGGGAAACAGGCCCAGAAAAAGAGGCUACAAGACUGGGGAUCAGAGAGAACUGAGGAGGAAGACUACAGGGAGCUGCGUAUGCCAUCUGAGGUAGAGAGUAAGAAAAUACUGGAAAUGGAGAGCUUGACAAAGCAAGAUGAUAUAUUGGCUCAAAAGAAAGACUGGUCUGCAAAAGAAAAGAUAAAAAAGGAUAGAUUUGUCAGGGCAAAGGAUGAACAACAGCAGGAAGAGUGGCAAGAGCCAGAGAUGGGGCAAGAGAAGAAAGAGGAAGAGAAAGCCAAGGAGAAAAAACACUUAGCUCAGGAAAGCAAGAAACUGGAUCUAGAAGAAAAUGAAUGGUUUGAGAAAAUGAGGAAACUGUUCCCAAAAGUUAGUCCCAGAGGGAAACAGGAAAGCAAACUUCAACUAAGAAAGAGAAAAGCUUGGAAAAGGGUACAGAUGAGUGAUGAAGAGGGGAGAACAUCCUGGGGAGUAGAGGAAGUGAAGCUAGCAAGGGGAGAAAAGGACAGGGAGGAAACUGAAACAAAGGGGGAGCAGGAGAAGCAGAAGAAGCAGGAGGAGAAGAAACUGAGGAAACAGGAACAAGCAACUGAGGAAGGAAAGAGAUGGAGAUCAGAGGAAGAACAAGCAGUCACUAUAAGAGGAAAACCAUAUUGGAAAGUGGAGAAAGAGCCAGAGAAAACAAAAAUUCAGCCAAGAGAAAAACCAACACUAGUUUCAGAGGGAGAGAUAAUACAGAAACCAUGGGCUGCAGGAAAAAAGAAAUACCCUAUGAAAAAGGAAAGGUUGAUUAUAAAAGGCAAGGAAAUAUUUGAGAAAGGAAAAGAGAGGCCAAUUCUACAAGAUAAGAAAGGGAGAUUACAGACUCAGGAAGAAGAGAAAGUGAUGUUUAUGAAAGAGGAUCACCUGAGAGCCAAGGAAAGGAUGAGGUUAGGAAAGGAAAAGACAGAAAUUACUCAAAUCGAAGAACAAAGUAAGAAAAAGCAAGGUAAAUUGUUCCAGCAAGAGAGGAAAUUAUCCAGUAGGAUCAAGCAGAAGCAUGUUGCUCGAUACUGGAGAAAACCCAGAGAGGAAAGAAAGCCAGCAGUUGAGGAACAGGCUGUGGAAAGCAGGGUUGGUCUUAAAGAGAUAGAAGCUGGGGCUAAGGACAAGCGUGGGGUAAUUGGGAAGACAAUGUUGAGAGCCCUGGCUGGGCUUAGAGUACUAAGUUCAAUGCCUUUGAAGAAGACAGAUAUGCCGGAAGAAGAGAGGCUAUCUAUUAUGAGAAUUUAUGACCAUGAACGCGAAGUGCUUAAAAAACAGGAGUUGAAAACUGAAGAAGAGAGAGAGCAGGCUGAGGAAGAAGGUGAUGUGGUGACUCAGGAAAGCCAGUUGGAAGAGGACUACAGGCUAUUAGAGGAGUACAAGGAGGUUUUCCUGGAUAGAGCCCAGGUAGAGACACUGCUGAAAAAGUUCCAGGAGGCGGAGCUCUUAGGGCAAAGCCAACUAGUAGAGCUUCUCAAACACCUCGAGGUGAGCAAGUCAGGAAAGAUCCAGCUGGGGAGGCUGCUAGAGAAUAUCAGAGAGAGCUUGGAAGAGGAAAUGGAGGAAGGCUUGACUCACCCAGAAGGAGCAGGAAAGACUAAGGAGGAGAAGAAAAAGAAGAGCCUGGAGGAAGAGGAGGAGGCUGUGCCCAAGAAAAAGAGGUACCUGAAGGAAAAGGGCAGCUUUGGUAAAGAGGACUCACAGAAACUGACUGAGGAACAGAGGGAAAGGAGGCUGACCCUAAAAGGAAAACAGGAGAAGAGGUUGGUUGAGAAGAUAAAGAGGCUGGGUACACAGGAAGGCCUGGGUAAAGAGAAGAAGGAGGAACGAUUCAUCCAGGAAGAGUUGGGGCAUCCUGGAAAGGAGGACAAGGCCAGGGAACUAGAGAAAAGGAUUCUUAGUGAAGAAGAAGAGAGCCUGGACCAGGAAAGCCUGAGAGAGGCAAUCCAAAGUGGGAAAAUCCUGAGCAAGGAAAGCCAGAAAAAGAAAAUGCUAAUUGAGGAAAGGCUACAGGAUGAGGAAUGGAGUCUUGGUGAAGGGCAGAGCCCAAGCGAGCUGUUGAGUCUCAGUGACUCUGAGACUCUCGAUGGAUACAAACGUCUCAGUGGAGAGGAACUGAGUCUCAGUGAAGAAGAAAGCCUGAAAGUUGAGAAUCUUGCUGAGGAAAAGGAGGGAGCUGCUGGAUGGCAAACACUUCUGCGGGAUGAAGGCUUGCUUGAAGAGGAGAGAGAUUCUAGAUUCAUGGACAAAAGUCACUUAACAGCACCCCAGAUGUCCCCACAGGGGAAAUUAGGACUAUUCCUAAAAGAAUUGAAAAAAAGAUGGGAGAAUAGAUUUCUUGAAGCAGACUCCAGGGCCAGUUCACAGAGAAGACAAGAGACUGGAAUUUUGGAGGAAGACAGGAAGCAAUUUUCACAAGCUACAGGAACUGGCUUAAAGACUCAAAUCCCAGAGCUGCCCUAUGGACCACACCUAGAAUUACCCAUCAGCCUACAACCACAAAAGCCUAAAGGUGACAAGUCGAAUUGGGUCUUGCAGUAUCAAGACAUUCCACUGGAGAAAACUAGGAGUCAGGCUGUACCUCUAACCCCUGCCCCUUCCCCUAAAAGGUCAACUGAAGGAUAUCCAAGCCCCAUAUACACAGAGACAUAUAUCUCUGAUGAGGACUGGAUUAAUAAUACCCUCAGAAGGCUGGAAGCAGGAGAACAAGUUUCCAAGGAGAGCUACUAUCAACUGCACCAUUACCUUGAAGGUGUCUUGGAGCUAUAUUCACCUAGCUACUGGGAAGGGAAUCAACUUUCUACACUGAAGGCCAUUGUUCAGCACCUACAGCUGAACCAAGAUGCAGGUCAAACCCCACAGCCCAGUAAGGGCAUUUUUAUUCCGACACACUUAAAAGAGACCCCCCCAGUUAAAAGAAAAGAGGGGUGGCAGACAUUACCCUCUGUCCCUGAACUGAAGAUAAUUUCAGCUACCCAAGCUCAGAAACAAGAAGCCUUCAGCUGGGAUCAUUUGGCCAAGACUUACAGGGAAAAGCCGGCUCAGCAGCUCUCGACUGCCAUCAAGGAUGCGGAGCACAUUUAUCCAACUAGAAGGGAUGUUCUCAGAGAUGACUAUCCCAUUGUGGAUAGAAAGUCCCUGGCGGUGCCUAAGUCUGAACCAUUGUUACCACUGAUCACCAGUAGGGCUACAGACUCAAAGGAGGUAAAUUGGCAACUCUUCAAUGAGUCACAUAGAAGCACCCGUAGGCAGCAGUUACUGGAUUCUCUCAAAGAGAUUGAGAUGCGACAAUUUUACCCCGCCCAAAGAAACAUUCUCAUGGGGGACUAUGAAUUUGUACAUAGACAAACUUCGGCACUGGUGUUUCAAAGGGAACUCAAGGCUUUAAAGGAGAAAAGCAGGCACCCCAAACUGGCCAGAUUGAAGAAGACAAUGGCAAUCUCAAAAGAGAGAGAAGCACUACCUUCAUGGAACACAUUUGUGGCACUCUUCCAUGUUCUGCAGAUGCUACAGCAGCGGUAUGCCAAAGACAGAGCUACAUGGAUGGAAAACUUUUACCAGCUCAUGGACCUAUACCAGAUUAAGUCACCCCGAAUCCAAAAGUUACUGCUGGACCUGCUACUGAGCCGAGAGACUCAACCCCAAGAGUUCGUUUCUAAAGAGGCUCUGAAGGCCUUGGAGCUAGUGCCCGGGGAGCGGCUGUUCUAUCGUCUGGUUUGUGGUGGCUCCCAAGUCCCUGAUCAUUCCCUUAAGUUCUGGAAUGUGAUACCCCUCUCUGGGCAGAACAGAGUGGAUACUGUCCAAGCUGUGGGUAUUGCAAAAUAUGGGUUUCUAGAACUUGCCUGGAAAAGCUUACCACAAGUCAAACCAUACUUGGUCAAGAAGCUGCCCAGCACUGCCCCUAAUACUCACUGA